AUGAAAAUAUUAAUUACGGGUAGGGCUGGAUUUAUCGGUUCAAAUCUUUGCAAACAUUUUCUCAAUACUCAUGAAGUGGUCUGCUUGGAUAAUUUUUCUACGGGGUUUCGCCAUAAUAUUGAACCAUUUCUUCUCAAUCCAUCGUUUCAACUGAUCGAAGGUGAUAUCCGCGACAUUGAAACGUGCCGUAAGGCUGUGAAAGAUGCUGACUUUGUUCUACAUCAAGCUGCACUUGGUAUUGUGCCGCGCUCGAUCAACGAUCUGAUUAUAACCAAUUCGGUCAAUAUCAAUGGUUUCUUGAACAUGCUCAUCGCUGCACGGGAUGCCGGCAUAAAAAGAUUCAUUUAUGCAUCCUUAACAUCGGUCUAUGGUGAUUUAAAGGAAUUACCAAAAUUCGAAGAUAAUAUUGGCAAUCAGCUCUCGCCCUAUGCUAUUACUAAAUAUGUCAACGAGCUGUACGCUCAACUUUUUACUGAUUUAUUCGACAUGGAAACUAUUGGUUUGCGUUAUUUUAAUGUCUAUGGGGAGCGGCAAAAUCCAAAUGGUCCUUAUGCGGCAGUUAUCCCCCAUUGGAUGAACAGUUUAAUCAAACAUGAGCGACCGAUCAUCAAUGGUGACGGGACUUAUUCCCGCGAUUUUACCUCCAUUGGCAAUGUCGUACAUGCCAACGAAUUGGCGAUGCUUACUCCAACAAUCGAUAUCUUAGAGCGAUUAAAUGCUGGAGGUCAUAUACCGAGAAUAACACGAGUUAAGGUAGUACUCAAUGUGGCAUUAGGUUUUCGCACGACAUUGAACGAAUUGUUUUCAAUCAUACGCAAUGGUCUUGCUUCAUUCGACCCGCUCAUUUGA